AUGACAACCGCUAACUGCUCUCAGCUUUUACCCAGCAUUUCAACGAUUGAGAACGUCAUCAACGCCAUCACCAGCUCCCGCGAACGAGGCAUAGCAUCGAGUCUCAGAUUCCAUUGGGAAGUGAGCAAGGUAGAGGAGCUUUCUGAAAAGCUGAAUAUCAGGCUGGUCCAACUGGACCAACCGAAGGUCCGACGCUUUGAAUACGAUUACGAAUCCGAGACGGUAUAUCUCGAUAUUAUGGGCGAAUCUCCGCUACAUUACCAGUCUCAAGCUGGGCUCAGCCGAUGUCUCCAAUCUUGUCUUGCAUAUUCGCGCUUCGCUCCGAUGGAAUUCGAAGUGGUCCAAUUAAUCGACUCCGUCGUGGACCGAGGCACGACCAACGUCAAGUUUGGAUGCAAACUUUGGAAGCAACCCGAUGUUGCAUUUGGCAGGGUUGAUUCUGAUUCGCUACCACCUCUAGUCUGCGAGGAAAAAGCGCAUGACUACAUCAAUUUGUCGGACAACAAUAUCCAAGCUGUCCUCAUCCUCGACCUCGAGUACCCCGAUGCGACCAAGGCAUGGGUCAGCCUUCUGGUUUCGAACGGCUCCCGGCUAAACCACUUUGUACACGGCCACGUACUAUUCUAUGACGACGAGCUGGACCAGCAACCUGCUGGACGAGUUGUUCUUUACUUGUCCGACUUCGUCGGCUUAGCUGGUUUACCAGCAGCUUAUUGCCGCCCCUCAGCCGCUGAGCUGGAUGCUGGGAUCAUGAGAAAUCCUACAAUCAUAUUGACGUUUGACCGACUGAGGGCCAUUUUUCGUUGGGCUCGCCAUAUACACGACUCAUCACGGUUUACCAUCGAGGCUGGCGACAAGCCCCAAGACCCAUACGUGGAAGCACGACUGAAUCGACUUGAGAGACUUGAGAUGGAGCGUAAGCUCAAAGAGUCGGAACGGCAGCGCAUCGAGUCGGAACGGCAGCGCAUCGAGUUGGAACGGCGUGUGACCGAAGCCGAAUAG